UGACACCCCCGGCGGCAUGGCGAUCUUCCCGAACCAGACCGCGCAGGACGCGCAGGGUGGCGCGGAGGUGGUGGUCGUGCCCGUGAUCUUCGGAGUCAUAUUCCUGCUGGGCGUCACGGGGAACGCGCUGGUCAUCGCUGUGCUCCUGAGGGUCAGGUGUCUCCACUGCGGGAGCUCCACCAGCAUCUUCAUCCUGAACCUGAGCGCGGCCGACCUGGCCUUCCUGCUCUUCUGCGUGCCCUUCCAGGCCACCAUCUACUCGCUCCCGCACUGGGUCUUCGGCGCCUUCCUCUGCAAGUUCGUGCACUACUUCGUCGCGGUGAGCAUGCUCGUGAGCGUCUUCACGCUCGUGGCCAUGUCCGUGGACAGGUACGUGGCCGUGGUGCACGCCAGCAAGUCCCGCGCUAUCCGGCGCAGGCAGCACGCGCUGGCGGGCGCGUGCGUCAUGUGGCUGCUGUCCCUCGUGCUGUCCGUGCCCGUGGCUCAACAGCACGUCCUGACGGGCCACCCCGAGGCCCCCAACAGCACCUUCUGCUGGGAGGCCUGGUCCCACCGGGGGGCCAGACACACCUACAAGGUGACCAUCCUGCUCGUGGGCUACCUUUUACCCCUGCUCCUCAUCACGUGCUCCUACGCGAGGGUUUUGCGCCAUCUUCAUAAGAAAAUAAAAAAUAUGUCCAAGAAAUCUGAACGUUCAAAGAAAAAGACAACGCAGACGGUGCUCCUGGUGGUGGCCGCCUUCAUGUUGUGCUGGAUGCCCCACCACGUCGUCGUCAUGUGGGUGGAGUUUGGCACCUUCCCCCUCAACGACGCGUCCUUCGCCUUGCGCAUCAUCUCCCACUGCCUGGCGUACGGCAACUCGUGCAUCAACCCCAUCCUCUACGCCUUUAUGUCGGAGAACUUCCGCAAGGCCUGCCGCCAGAGCUGCUCCUGCAGCCUCGGCUUCUCGCCGCCACCCGCCAAAAAGGGGGUUCGCGUCCGCAUGGAGAACUUCUCCACCACCCACUCCACCACGAACUUUAUGAUGUGA